GUGUUAUUCUUGCUAGAUGGCAGCACCAAAAAGUGUGCGUGAUCUUAUAAAUUAUCAACGAUUGAUUUUUUUACGGAAUUUAAUUAUCUUUUAACAUUCUCACUGUGAAUUUUGACCCUUCUUUCAAUUUCUGAUUCUCCCUUAAAUAUAUAGUUUACAUUUUGGUAACCUUUUUCUCAAUAAGUCACUGUAGUAAAACAAGCCGCAAGCGUCUGUCGUGGGACUGCAAUACGCGCCUCAAAUUUUCCAACUACAAGUCGUAUGGUGAACGCUUUCAAGUAUCUGGAUCAAGAAAAUGGAUCAAAAUAAACUUUGAAACUUAAAAAUCUUUCACUCCAUGUUACCAAGCUGUCUUGUGGAAAACACCAAAAUCCUGUUUGACCUAUAGAAAUGUCAAAACAUAACAAGACAUAUGGGAAAAGAGGGGCAUCUGCCCCAGUAGCAAGUAUUCAAUUUGACAAAGUUAUAACUGACAACAACAAAAGGCCCUCUGCUUCGAAAUCUGCUGGAGUUGUGGGCAAAUGGGGAACCACAUCUUUCACAUCGUUGAGGAGCAGCCAAGUCAAUGGUGGUAAAUCUGGUAAACAAGGGAUGAGCCCUGUGAAAUGCUUACCUGUAGACUAUGGGGUGACAAGUCACACAUCAACAGGUUUAAGUAGUGGAAUAGAUGCUUUUAAUUUUGAACCAGGAGCCAACAGUACAACCAACUGCCCAGCCCAACCAAAACCAAGAAAAUUUUUCAAAUCUCGAGCCACUGAAGAUGUUGCUAAAGCCACUGCAAAUGUACAAAAUCCAUCUAUACUUACAAGUUGUGUUGAUUAUCCAUUGAAUCAUGGAGAAAUUCUUAGUGGAGCCAAUCUUUAUCCUGCUGUGUCAGGUGGUGUGGGUUAUUUGUCCCCCACCUACACAUCUCCCACAAGCAAAUUGACAACAAAACGAGGACGAGGACGUCCUAAAGGAACUCGUACUACCAGUCCUCGUGGAUCUUCCACAGCCACAAGUUAUAAGCCAAAUGCAGCAAGAGGAGCAACACCCCGGGGAAGACGCCGAGUUAAAAGCAAUCGCUCUGUACGAGGACAGCAGUCAGGUGGUCGUGGCAAACGAAAGCGAGCCAAAUGGGAGGGUGAGUCAGAAUCAGAGGAAGAAGAAGAAGAGGAAGAAGCUGUCAGUUCAGAAUUGGAAGAGCCUGUCGCAUCUGCCAAGGAAGUCGAACCCGAAGAAGAGGAAGAAAAUCAAGAAGACGAGGAAGAAAACCAAGAGGACGAAGAGUUGGAAAGCAAAAAUGGUUUAGACUGCUUAGAUAGUAGUAAAGAAGAAUGUAAGCCACCCAUCAAACUACGCAUAAUCCGUCAAAAUGACACGAAUGCCUUCGUUAGCAAAGUUGGAACUGAAACGGACAACGUAACAAGUGAUUUAAUGACUCCUCCCGUAACGGAUUUGCCAAAACAAGAAAUUCCCAAAGCAUUGGAAUGCACGAACAAAAUUGAUGUCAAUGUGCAUGCUGAAAACGAAAGAGUGAUAUCUCCGGAAGUACCCGUGAAGAAAGAAAGUCCAGAGCAUUAUCCAGCAAUGGAAGAGGAUGAACCAUUUCAGCCAAAACCGGUUAUUCCAGAAGAAGCAAUGGUAGUUCCGACCGAGACGAUAACAAGUAUAGACCCUUCCAUAGUUCCUCUUCCGAAUGUUCAUCAUCAGCAACGAAAAUCGAGCAUUUUCAAAAGCCGGGCAACCUCGGCACAACCACCAACGGACAAAAACGCAUUGGUUAAAGGAGAAUCGUCAACUUCUACCAAAGGCAAAAAAGGUCUUGCUCUUUAUCGUCACACAUGGCAUGAAGAUGAUGCGCGAAAAGCCGCUUCGUUAGAUUCGGAUGGCGCAACAGCCACUUCGUCAGUGUCAACAUCGGCCGGAUUAUCUUCCGGUGAUCAGCAGCAUCCUCACCCGUCACCAUGGGAUGAUUUAGGUGACGAAUCCGAAGGACCACCGCCUAAACUUGCCCGUCUAGGUGCCUCUUCCAACACACUAUCCUCAAUGCCCCAGAAACUUAGCAAUUCCUCUGAACCCGGCGAAGAUGAUGAACAAGGAGAGGCAACGAGUAGCCUGCGCUGUCCUCGCAAAGUCAAAGAUUAUUAUACGGUGGUGAGAAAUGUGAAGAAAGCUCACCAGAUCCAAGAAUCGGGCGAGUUUCAAGAAUUUAAUGACGAUGUUGACUACAUUCUUGAUGCUCUACAAGAUCGAAACCCUACGGCCACUAGGUGUCUUUCCGCCAUGAGCCUGGCUUCAAAGUGCAUGGAGCCAGCUUUCCGAAUGCAUCUUCGAGCGCAUUCGACGGUGGCAAAAUUUUUCAAGGCACUCAAGGAUGCUCCGUCUAAAGCAAGUGUGGCUCUCUGUACGUCAUGCAUCAUGUUUGUUCUUACUCAAGAUCGUUUGAACAUGGACUUGGAUCGCGACAGUCUGGAACUCAUGCUUAAUCUUCUCGAAAUCGAUGCCGUUCAGGUAGAUCCCACAGAAGGCAAAGAACUGGAGAAAAACAAGCUCAAAGUACGCGAACUGUGUGAGGAAAUGGUCCGGAAGGGUCAUGCUCCGCAUCUACAACUGGAUAAAAUAACAGCUGCUCAAUUGGCUAUGGAAACGCUAUUGAGCUUAACGUCGAAAAAAGCCGGUGAAUGGUUCAAAGAAGAACUGCGCGUUUUAGGAGGCCUAGAUCACAUUAUCCAAACUGUAACUGUUUGUACAGCUGUUCUCGCCCCAACUUCCGAUGGGGGAAUUUCCAAUUGGGAAUGGGACAAACCUCGCCUUGAUGCUCUCAAAAAAGUUGAUCGGUGCUUGAGGGUUUUGGAAAACGUGACAUUCCAGAAUGAGGAGAAUCAGAAUUAUUUAAUGGAAUUUUCCAAUGGACGUCUUGUUGAUGCUACUUUAAAUCUAUUGAUGUUACUUUCGAGAGAGGUUGCCAUUUAUUGGCCACAUGGAACUAAAAGUUCAUUAAGCAGUCUACUCAGCGAAACUCUUUCUAAUCUCAUGAAAGUUGUGAUGAAUCUCACACACGACAGUAACGACGAUUCGGUUGGCAGUAAAGUUUAUGGAGAAAAACCCCUUACGUGGGAAACUGCUUUGGUUUGCCUGCUUCAAACGUCUGUCUGUUUGCCUGAAGAUAAAUCUUUUGAUAUUAUGACUCUGGCACUGGGAAUUUUGAUCAACCUGGUAGAACGCUCAUCAGUGAAUCGAGAUCGUUUGAUGUUAGUCGCAGUUCCAGCCAGUGACGAAGACAUAUUUGACAACAAAACCUUGGCCAUAAGAGCCCUCAUCGAUCUUUUUAUUAAAAAAGAGGACAGUGCUCGGUUAGAAGAAGCGCGAACAGAUGCGAUUUUGGACGGUAAACCUGGCCAAAGUGAUUCUGCAACAACACAAUCUACCUCAAGUGGGUCAAGUGAAACCCCUUCAACAAACAAUGGAAAAACUCAAGAAGAUGCCAUGGAAGAAACGGUUAAGAAAUUGUUGCAUAAAGCAGGUCGGCACAUGGAAGACAGCAUGGUUGCAGCAUAUAUUGCGCUGUUAUUGGGAUAUGUUGUCAUGAAAAAUUCGGAAUAUGAAUAUCAAGUCAAAGAACUGCUUCCAGAAAAGAAAUUCACACAAAUGAUCGUUGUUUUAAAGAAAUUCUACGAAUUCCUCAAACUGACUGCAAAUGCUGUUACGAGUACCAGGGGAUUGAAGAAUACCCAAAUGGUCAUUAAGUUCAUGGAAUCGAGCGAUAAAGUUCAGGCAAUUCCAAGGUGAAGGAAGAAGCACGAUACUUUUGUUAGAUGACGGUAUCUAAUUUGUCGAAAGUAACUUCUGUUUUAUCGGAGGUAUACGAUAUCCUUUAUUGAUUCAGUUUAGUUCUCAUCGAUCGCUCUGUUACUAAUUAUGGAGAUUGCUUACUAUCGUAAAUGAUCGUAUUCGUAUAGCAUAGCAAUUGCGUCUUAUUUAAUGUAAAUCGAACUCAGUCCUUUGUGUAAUAAACAUUACUUUUCUAUUUUAA